ACUUGUCCUGCACCGACAUAAUAUGUUUUGUAGCAUCUUAAAUAUUAAUCACGCGUUUCUUCACACUCCUUCUUCACUCUCUCUUCCUUCCGCCGCUUGUGAAUCGCCAUCUGAGAAACGCGCACGAUUCCGCCGAGUUGACUCGGAGAGACAAUGCUGGAGCGGUGCCUGGGGAUGCGGCGCGUGCGGCAGAUUCAGCGCGCGUGCCGGCACAGUACGGUGACUUUCCUCUGCCUCUUCCUCACGGUGGUCGUCCUCCGCGGCACAAUCGGGGCUGGCAAGUUCGGUACGCCGGAGCAGGACUUCAACGAGAUCCGCCAUCACAUCUCCGCCGCCCGCGCCCGCCGCGUCCUCGAGGAAACCAAACCCGAAGCCGGUUCCAACGCCGAUUCCAACCCUAACAACUACGCCACCUUCGAUCUCUCUAAGAUCCUCGUGGACGAGCCUCUCGCGGAGGACGAAAAGCCUGACCCAAAUGCUCCAUACACUCUGGGACCCAAAAUCUCCGAUUGGGAUGAACAGCGCCGAGCCUGGCUCCGAGCCAACCCUGAGUACCCUAACUUCAUCCGACCCAACAAGCCACGUGUACUUUUAGUGACCGGUUCGUCCCCCAAACCGUGUGAAAACCCGGUCGGUGAUCACUACCUUGUGAAAUCGAUCAAGAACAAGAUUGACUAUUGCAGGGUUCAUGGGAUUGAGAUUUUCUACAACAUGGCUCUUUUGGACGCUGAGAUGGCAGGGUUUUGGGCCAAGCUUCCCUUGAUUCGUAAACUUUUACUGUCACACCCUGAAGUGGAGUUUCUCUGGUGGAUGGACAGUGAUGCAAUGUUCACCGACAUGGCUUUUGAGGUUCCCUGGGAGAGGUACAAAGAUUCAAACUUUGUUAUGCACGGGUGGAAUGAGAUGGUGUAUGAUGAGAAGAAUUGGAUUGGGUUGAACACUGGGAGUUUUCUGUUGAGGAAUUGUCAAUGGUCUUUGGAUAUUCUUGAUGCUUGGGCUCCUAUGGGGCCUAAAGGGAAGAUAAGGGAUGAGGCUGGGAAAGUGCUCACUAGGGAGCUUAAGAAUAGGCCUGUUUUUGAAGCUGAUGAUCAAUCUGCAAUGGUUUAUUUGUUGGCCACUGGGAAGGAAACAUGGGGUAACAAGGUUUACCUUGAGAAUCAUUAUUACUUGCACGGGUAUUGGGGGAUUUUGGUGGACCGUUAUGAGGAGAUGAUUGAGAAUUAUCACCCGGGACUUGGGGAUCAUAGGUGGCCUUUGGUGACCCACUUUGUGGGGUGCAAGCCUUGUGGGAAGUUUGGGGAUUACCCUGUAGAGAGGUGCUUGAAGCAGAUGGAUAGGGCUUAUAAUUUUGGGGAUAACCAGAUUUUGCAGAUGUAUGGCUUCACUCAUAAGUCCCUUGGUAGUCGUAGGGUGAAGAAAGUGAGGAAUGAUACCAGCAACCCUCUUGAGAUCAAGGAUGAUCUUGGGUUGCUUCACCCUGAUUUCAAAGCUAUCAAGCUUCCUUCUUCUUGAUCAUGAAGCUCAUAGAUUGCAUUUUGUCAGCGCGAUUUCGGAAAUUGCAGAAAUAUAUGAUUGAUGCGGUUGCAACUGUGGUCCCCGUGACCACAAAAAAUUGAGGUUGACGCCAAAGUUGGAGUUAGUCCAAACUUGGUGAUGUUGGUUCAUUUUUCUAAUUCAUACUACUGCUACUUGAUAUUCAUCCAUCUGCUGCCACAAUACUCUGCUUUGUAGCUGCCUGUGAUGAUGAUGAUGAUGAUAGUAUUGAAAAAAUUGUAAUCUUUAAUUUGUUUUGCCUUUGAGUUAUAGUGAUUUAUUUGAAAAGAAAAAAAAUGCCCUUCUUUUCUAUGUCUGUUCUUCCUGGAUUUUGUUGGUUCAUUUUGUGGAUAAAUUGAUUAAUGAAGAAUUGUCAGAUUCAGAAUAAUUCCUUUCUUUA